AAAGCGUUGCUGCAUUUUGCAAGACAAAAGAAUCUGACACAAUGCAUUUUUUUUUUCUUCUAACAAAAGCAGGUGCAUGAGAUGGAUGAAGUGCGUCUUUACGUUGACUGUGUGUGUGUGUCUGCCAGGUGUCUAGUCUAGGUCACAGGUCGUUGUGGCUUGUGUUCACACAGGAAGCGGAGUUGUGUUGUGGGAGCAUCUCUCUGUCUCUCUCUGUCUCUCUCUGCUGAGCUGGAGAGGAUUCUGGCUCAGGCGGCGGCACAAACGCUCGCCACGCACUCCGGGAAAUCAAACAUUAACGUGAACACACGCGGCCGCGUUCACGUCUCUUUGUCUCUUCUCCCCGGGCGGAGUCGCUCCACGCAUCAGCAGCAGCCACUAAGCGGGUAGCAGUCGGCGUGGACCAGUCGAUUCAGCUCAAAUGUGGCUGCUUUGCCUUCACAGAUUGCUGCGCGUGUCUUUUGGAGAGAGCGCGAGCACAUUUGUUCAGAUGUGUCGGUGCAUAUGAGUAGAAUCUAAAGGGGAAUAAAUACACCGCUUUUUAGAUUUUAAUAUGAAAUCCUGUUCACUGCUCAAAAAGAGGAAGAAUCUAUAAUUAUCUGCAGCUUUCCUGCUGUCAGUGUACUAAAUAUUUUACUAGAGUAUUCUGACAAUAUAAAUGUAUAAAUAUUCAGAGCAUUUCCUCAACGGCUGUAAAAAUACUCCACUUUAAUGUAUUACACUGUUCGCUGAUUCAUUCUGUUGCAUUAAUGUAGAAUAUAGUGUUUUAUUAAUUUGUCAUGUGAUAAAACCAUCUUUUUCUAUGUAAAAUCAUGAUGUGUACUAAGCUGCUUUAAAUGUGGAGGAGCAAAAAGCUCCUUAUUAUUAUUUUCCUCUGAAACUGGAGCAAGAGAAUAAAAACCAAAAAAAGUGACAUUUAAUGGAAACACAAGUCAUUAAAGUACGUAAGUACUGUUGAUUCCAACAGUGUCAUUUAUUGGAAGUCACAGACGCUCAAAGACGGAAAAUACACCAAUCAGACUCUCUCAUCCUCGCUACACCACACACACACACACACACACACACACACACACACACACACACACACACACACACACACACACACACACACACACACUCUCUGAGACACUUCAACGGACGCAGACUGGAUCUUGUGGCAGCCGAUACGUGACAGUUUUCCUCUCAUUUGAGAACCCCGAGGAGCAGACGCACAAUGGAAUCCGCUUUUCCCGCCUGCUUGCUGCUCCUCUGGGCGCUGACAGCGCCUGUGAGUGGUAUUACAGUCUUUGAAGUGACCGAUGAGCUGAAUGGGAUUAAGCUGAGUUGUUUCAAUGGGACUUUACCGCUGCCGUACGAAGACGACAACACAGGGGAGUACCAGUGUGGGGUUGACGGAACAAAAAUCUAUGUGAAGUUUCGAACGUGCGAUAACUGCAUCGAGCUCGACGAGGGCGCCAUAGCAGGGAUGGUGGUCGGGAACGUGGUGGCCACGCUGGUGAUCGGGGUGGCUGUGUAUCUGAUAGCGUCUCAGACUCCCAUCGGCGCGCCCAGCGCUGGCAAGAAGAGCUCUGACAGACAGCGUCUUGCUCCAAAUGGCGCGAGCAGCCCCACCGACGAUCACUACCAGCCGCUGCAAAAUCGUCAGAGAGACCUGUAUGAUCGGGUGCAGACCGCCGCUCGCUGAAAAACACACGUGCCAUUUUAUCCGUGUCCCUGGAACAUCUGCAGGACCGGUCCAUGUUUGUGUCAUUCGCUCUGCAUGAGACCAGUUAGAUAUUGGACUCACAAGUCAAGUAAGGAGGGACAUAACUUGUUGCCCUCUGUCUGUUCAGUUUAGUUAUUCUUUUUUUUUUACUUUUUAAAAAUGUACUGCUUUUUAUUUUUUGAAAAAAAGCCCAAAUAUUUCAUGUUUAAAUGUUUUGAAAAAAA